CAAGUAGAUGUGAACUCUAGGAAUAAAGUUUCUGGGUUAAAGCAAGGGUUGAAGAAAAAAGUUCAAUUACAAUUGAAAGAUAGAAUAGUUAAUCCUGAUGAUAACACUAUUGAGGAUUUGAAGAAAGUAUUUCAAGAUCGAUCAAUUGGUAGGACCAAACAUCCCAAUCGAAGAUUGACAUUGCUUCCAGGAGAUGGAGUAACUCUGAAUUCAAUUGAACAAAUCAGUAAGGAAUCAUUGAAUAGUUUAUACGAGGAGAUAAAUGAUAUUCAUGAUUCCAUUAGGCAGACUAACGUAUUUAGGGUUGAUUAUACUGAAAGGGCAAAGAAGUUCAAGAACAGGGUUGGAAAUGAAAUUCCCGUGGGUGUUGAUAAAUUGGAACGUCCUGUGAAGAGGAAACAACCUUCUCAAAUCAAAUUGAGAAAGAUUAAUCUGCUUGUGGAGUAUCCUGUUAUUGAAUCCCAACCCUUGGUUGAAAAGGUUGGAGGUAAAAGUAAGAAGGCUGGAGUUCAAAGUAAGAAGGCUGGAGGUAAAAGUAGUCUGAGUGAUCUUGGCCGGGAGGUGAGUGAAUUGAAGGAUGAAAAGGUUGCAAAAAAAGUUGCAAAAAAAGUUGCAAAAAAAGUUGCAAAAAAAGUAGUGAAAGUAUCGGCUGCAAAGAAACUACCAAAGAGUGAGAAGAAAAAGACAAAGGAUACAAAAAAAGUAGCAGUAGUCGUCAAGAAACUGCCAAAUGCUGUGAAGAAAUCGCCAAAGACUGUGAAGAAAUUGCCAAAGAGCCAAACCUCUGAUACACCCAUAGUCAAAACCCCCUCACUCCAAAACACCCCAUCUUUCGAGUCUUUAAACACCAACAACAAAACUUCUGAAAGCCCCAAACCAAACACAGAUAGUCUCGUUAUUGAUAAGAACCCCCAUGAAACAAAUCCUCAGACCCUGUAUCAACCUCAAUUCAUUGAUAGAUGGAUCAAAACCAAAUAUGGAAUACACAAGAUCCAUGUGUACCAACAAUUAGAUCCACAAGUCCGAAUCAAAUUGACUCAUCAACAGUUGAAUAAGUUGUUUGCCAUCGAUAAGCUUUUCCUUUAG